CUGUGGACGAGUUCAACGUCAGACACUGCUUCUUUUUCUUCUCCGAUUUCGUUUCUUGUGUCAUCAUACCAUUGUGCACUCCAUUGACCUGUUGUGUCUUUAUAUUUCACGUGGGAGUUCUCGGAUUCUACAUCCAUCCUCCUCCCUCUCUCUCUCUCUCUCUCUGAUCUCUUCGCGUCCCUCCGACACAUCACAUCCGGUUCUGCUCUCACCAUGUCUUCCUCUGAUCUCCCCAUGGGCGAGCAGUCAUCCCGGAGAGAGCUGCACGGCCCGCGCCCGACUCCUCUCAAGGUUCGAAAGGACUCCUACAAGAUAAGGAAACCUCCGAUGGCCGCGCCACAACAGGCCGCACCGCCGCCUCAGCAGCGGCGGCCCAUCAUAAUUUACACCGUCUCGCCCAAGGUCAUCCACACCACUCCUACCGACUUCAUGUCGGUGGUACAACGUCUCACGGGCGCCGCCGCAGCCGCCUCGUCGUUCUCUGCGCAUGGUCCUUGCGAUGCUUCUGUGCUGUCUCCUCGCAUCGACGCCGCCGAGAAACUGUUCUCUCCGGCUGCUCGUUUAGCCACGUUCGAGAAGACAGCGCAGACUGCACACGCUUCGAGCGGCGAAAGGUUGACGAAGGGGGAGCAGAAUCUAGCCGAGGUUCUGCUAGGGAUCGACGGUGCUGGUGCGUCGACGUUGGACCGAUCGGCUGGUCCGUUUGCAGGCAUCUUGUCCCCGAUUCCUUCUUCCCUGCCAUGCAUAUCUCCCGACUUGUUCGCAUCCUCCACCGCUCAGCAGCAUCAGAUUAACUUCUUCAACGAACUCAGCCCAGCGAUCCAAAGCAACAGGAGCUUCAUGGGGAUCAACAGCUUCUUCCCCAGUCCCAACAACUUCCUAUCCAGUGGAAUCGUUCCUUCUCCCGCGUCUUACUGGGACCUCUUCAACCAGUACCAGUAUUAAAUCUCCGGGACCGCAGGGAGUCGAGGACACGCAACACGAUCCCCGAGAAAGGAGAGAAAAGUGGUGUUUGGCUCCGCCAGCAGUAAUUGCAGUUGAGACGUGCAGCUAUCGAGAAAGUGAUCGCACGGAUAAGUAGGGCACGCAUGUUGACGAUAUCAACGCCCUGUCUCUGACUCCACGUAAUCUUACAUCACGAUGAACCGAAGCUUCUCAUUCAUGUUUCGAUACAGUCAAUUGGAUUUGUUCUACGGCAAUGUACUUAUAAUAAUUAAUUAGAUGAAGCUCGCGGUGAAACCAUGAGAAGCACAAGAUUGGCCUACUUUAGUUCUUUUAGAUCAAUCUAUCGAGCAUUCCUUUUGGUACCCA